UAAUAUCUUCGAACAGACAAUUUAACAUAGUUCAAAGAUUAAAGAAGAACGAUGUUUACAAGUUGUAAAUGCAAAGUGAACAUAGCUACUAAUAGCUACUAAUAUGUCAUUUAAAUAUGUAUUUAUUCCUAGAAAUUUAUUAUCUUUUUCUAGUAAAUUUGAUGGUUAAAGUUCGAAAUGAUCAGCAUGAAAUUAUCAGCAUGAAUAGACUGUUUCUCAGUUUAUCUCAGACAAUCUUUGAGUCAGCAAUUUUUCGAAAAGAUAUUGAUAGCUUUGUGAAGUAUACCACACGGUGUUUUAUUUAACUUUCUUUUUUCAUUUUUCUAUUAUAUCGUUACCGUUUUAAGUGGACAAGUAUAGUAAUAAGCAGUAAAAACGAGGUUAUAAAUUCGACGACUCGUACAAAUUCUAUAAAUUGCUUUAAAGAAAUUUAAAAUCUCUCUUUCUUAAUAUGACUGACGCAAAUUCAUUUAUUCUGAGUACUUCGGAAAACGGAAUUCUAAAAGUAGUGCUUAAUAAACCCGCCAGAAAGAAUGCAAUUUCGCCCCAGAUGUAUAAGGAAUUAACGACGCUUUUAAAUGAAUCUGCUAAAAACAACAAUGUAUUGAUAUUUGCACUGACAGCAAAUGGAGAUUUUUUCAGCAGUGGCAAUGAUAUAACUGCUUCCAUGAAUUCUACGACUCCUGUUGGCAGUCUAGUCAAAGAAUUUAUUGAUGCUGUAAUUAUGUAUCCAAAGCUUUUAAUAGCUGUUGUGAAUGGACCAGCAAUAGGAAUAGCUACUACAAUAUUAGGGAUUUUUGAUAUAGUUUAUGCUUCAAAUAAGGCAUAUUUUCAAACGCCGUUCAGCUCUUUGGGUCUUGUUGCUGAAGGAUGUUCUACGUAUACAUUCCCAAGAUUAUUGGGACAUUCCAAAGCUGGAGAUAUGUUGUAUUUAGGAUACAAGAUGAAUGCUCAAGAAGCCAACCAAUAUGGUUUAGUUAGUAAAGUGUAUAAUCACAACUCUCUUGAGGAAGUAUGGAAUUAUUUGAGAUCAAUAUCUACACUUUCUUCAGAGUCAAUAUUGGCGACAAAGCGAUUGAUGAGUAGAUGGAAUAAAGAGAUUUUAUUAAAAGUUAAUGAGGAAGAAAUGAAAGAAGUACAAAAACGAUUUGAGUCUCCUGAUCUAAUCGAAAGAAUGAUGAAUUUUUUGUCACGAAAAAAUAAGCUUUAAAAUAAUUGGAAAAAUUGAUAUCUUUUUAAUAAACUGCAAAUAAUGGAUUUAAUAUCUUAAAGUGUAUUCACAAUAUAAAUUUUGUACAAAAUAUAUAAUUUUAUAACAAAACUUUUACAACAUGAUUUAUAUAAUUGUCAUUCCAUUUAUUAUGAUUUAAUUAGCUUUUUGCAUUAUAGAAUUUUUAAAUAUAAAUGUUAUAUUAUCACUUCUUUCUGUUAACAUAAUGUCCUAUAAAGCAAAUGUACAUAUGUAAAAUAAAAAUUACAAAUUUUAAAUCCUAA